AUGUCCGUUGAUAUUAGUCCACACUCUAUUUUUUCUUGUUCAAUGGUUUCAGUCACUUUUCUCUUCUUUGUCGGUACCCUUGGUACAUUGAUGUUGAUUGAAUCGUCGCUGUUCUUGAUUUUGUUCAUAUGUGGAGAAAUGUUUAAAAAAACCCGUCGUCUGUUCCUUAUCUAUCUGUCUCGGACUGUUCGUUAUCUGCCUCGGUGUGUUCGUUAUCUAUCUAUCUAUCUAUCUAUCUAUCUAUCUAUCUAUCUAUCUCAGUCUGUUCAUUAUCUCUCUAUCCAUCUCAGUUUGUUCAUUAUCUAUCUAUCUAUCUAUCUAUCUAUCUAUCUAUCUAUCUAUCUGUUUCUGUUCCUUAUCUAUCUAUCUCGAACUGUUCUUUAUCUGCCUCGAUGUGUUUGUUAUCUGUCUAUCUCUCUCAGUCUGUUCAUUAUCUAUCUAUCUAUCUAUCUAUCUAUCUAUCUAUCUAUCUAUCUAUCUAUCUAUCUGUUGUAG